AUGUCGGGUGUGGUGAAGCCUUUUCCAGUGGAGCAGGAAUAUGUGAAAAACCCUGAUAUAUCACGCGAUGAUAUCAGGAAGAUGCGAGAAUGGUUGAACACUCAGCCUCAUUUGCCAGGAGAACACAUAACAGAUCUUGACCUCCUCAUAACAUUUCACAGCUGUGAUAAAAGCAUUGAGGUAUCUAAGCAAGUUUUGGACUUGCAUUACACGCUGCGAACUCUAUUCACCGCUAUAUUCAAAGACCGAGUGAUUGACCAGAGGAUUAUAAAUACUUUGAAUAUGGUUCUCAUGGCGCCUCUCCCGAUACUGACUGUGCAUGGGUACACAGCAGUCUAUUGCCGUCUUCUCGAUAGUGAUGUGAAGAAAUUCAUUUUCUCCGAUAUUGUUCGUACUGCUAUGAUAAUCUUGGAUUUAUGGCAAUAUGAAGAAGGAACUUGGCCUGGUUUCGUAAUUAUGAUAGACAUGGACGGUACAAGUAUUGGACACGUUACUAAAUUGGAUGUGAUGACGGUACGACAACUCCUUUACUUUCUUCAGGAAUGCAUGUUAAUAAGAUUAAAGGAAAUCCACUUCUUAAAUGCUCCUUCUUUCAUGGAAAAACUAAUGAUGUUAUUGAGACCAUUCAUGAAAAAGGAACUACUGGAUAUGAUCAAAAUACACGAACCCGGCUCAAAAAAAAUAUUUAAAUACGUGCCUUUGAAAGCUUUUCCGAAGGAGUUUGGUGGAGAAUACAAGGACAGGAUAACGUUAAGGGACGAAAUUAUUUGUCGUAUCGAAAGUAAUAAGGAAUUUUAUAAAGACGAAAACCUUCGUCGAGUUAACGAAGCCCUGCGACCUGGUGGACAGAAAACGACGGUUGAAGAUUUGUUUGGUAUACAGGGCAGUUUUAAGAAGUUGGAUAUUGAU